CGCCCGCCCCUCCCCCAGGCCCCCGCACCCGCGCCGCCCCCUCCCCUCCUGGCGAGAGUCGGCGGCUGUGGCUGCGGCGGCGGCUGCAGAGAUUGGAAUCCGCCUGCCGGGCUUGGCGAAGGAGAAGGGAGGAGGCAGGAGUGAGGAGGGAGGAGGGCCAAGGGCGGGCAGGAAGGCUUAGGCUCGGCGCGUCCGUCCGCGCGCGGCGAAGAUCGCACGGCCCGAUCGAGGGGCGACCAGGUCGGGGCCGCUGCACGCCGAGGGCGGAGGCCGAGCCGGGCCCCGCUUCGCCCCGGCGGCUCGCCGCGCCCACCAAGCUCCGCGCCGAGGGCUAGAGGAUGCGUUCCCCGGGGUCCGGGUGCCACAGAUUGGCACUCCCCUCGGAAUUGCCACCCCUUCACGGAGCCAGAGCAGGAGGGAUACGGAGGGAAAGGGCCCUUUCCCAACUUCAGACUGAGCACCCAGAAGUCGACCUGGGACUGCUGUUUUGUUUCUAGGAAACUAGAAACCUUGGCAGAAUUGAAAUUUCACUUAUGAAAAUAUGCAUCAGUUUAAUACUGUCUUGGAAUUCAUGAGAUGGAAGCAUAGGUCAAAGCUGUUUGGAGAAAAUCGGAAGUACAGUUUUAUCUAGCCACAUCUUGGAGGAGUCGCAAGAAAGCAGUGGGAGUUGAAGUCAUUGUCAAGUGCUUGCAAUCUUUUACAAGAAGAUCACUGAAUGAUAGUCAUUUAAAUUGGUGAAGUAGCAAGACCAAUUAUUGAAGGUGACAGUACACAGGAAACAUUACAAUUGAACAAUGACUCAGCUAUACAUUUAUAUCAGAUUAUUGGGAGCCUAUUUGUUCAUCAUUUCUCGUGUUCAAGGACAGAAUCUGGACAGUAUGCUCCAUGGCACUGGGAUGAAAUCAGACUCCGACCAGAAAAAGUCAGAAAAUGGAGUAACCUUAGCACCAGAGGAUACCUUGCCUUUUUUAAAGUGCUAUUGCUCAGGGCACUGCCCGGAUGAUGCUAUUAAUAACACAUGCAUAACUAAUGGACAUUGCUUUGCCAUCAUAGAAGAAGAUGACCAGGGAGAAACCACAUUAGCUUCAGGGUGUAUGAAAUAUGAAGGAUCUGAUUUUCAGUGCAAAGAUUCUCCAAAAGCCCAGCUACGCCGGACAAUAGAAUGUUGUCGGACCAAUUUAUGUAACCAGUAUUUGCAACCCACACUGCCCCCUGUUGUCAUAGGUCCGUUUUUUGAUGGCAGCAUUCGAUGGCUGGUUUUGCUCAUUUCUAUGGCUGUCUGCAUAAUUGCUAUGAUCAUCUUCUCCAGCUGCUUUUGUUACAAGCAUUAUUGCAAGAGCAUCUCAAGCAGACGUCGUUACAAUCGUGAUUUGGAACAGGAUGAAGCAUUUAUUCCAGUUGGAGAAUCACUAAAAGACCUUAUUGACCAGUCACAAAGUUCUGGUAGUGGGUCUGGACUACCUUUAUUGGUUCAGCGAACUAUUGCCAAACAGAUUCAGAUGGUCCGGCAAGUUGGUAAAGGCCGAUAUGGAGAAGUAUGGAUGGGUAAAUGGCGUGGCGAAAAAGUGGCAGUGAAAGUAUUCUUUACCACUGAAGAAGCCAGCUGGUUUCGAGAAACAGAAAUCUACCAAACUGUGCUAAUGCGCCAUGAAAACAUACUUGGUUUCAUAGCGGCAGACAUUAAAGGUACAGGUUCCUGGACUCAGCUCUAUUUGAUUACUGAUUACCAUGAAAAUGGAUCUCUCUAUGACUUCCUGAAAUGUGCUACACUGGACACCAGAGCCCUGCUUAAAUUGGCUUAUUCAGCUGCCUGUGGUCUGUGCCACCUGCACACAGAAAUUUAUGGCACCCAAGGAAAGCCCGCAAUUGCUCAUCGAGACCUAAAGAGCAAAAACAUCCUCAUCAAGAAAAAUGGGAGUUGCUGCAUUGCUGACCUGGGCCUUGCUGUUAAAUUCAACAGCGACACAAAUGAAGUUGAUGUGCCCUUGAAUACCAGGGUGGGCACCAAACGCUACAUGGCUCCAGAAGUGCUGGACGAAAGCCUGAAUAAAAACCACUUCCAGCCGUACAUCAUGGCUGACAUCUACAGCUUCGGCCUGAUCAUUUGGGAGAUGGCUCGUCGUUGUAUCACAGGAGGGAUCGUGGAAGAGUACCAAUUGCCAUAUUACAACAUGGUACCGAGUGAUCCGUCAUACGAAGAUAUGCGUGAGGUUGUGUGUGUCAAACGUUUGCGGCCAAUUGUGUCUAAUCGGUGGAACAGUGAUGAAUGUCUACGAGCAGUUUUGAAGCUAAUGUCAGAAUGCUGGGCCCACAAUCCAGCCUCCAGACUCACAGCAUUGAGAAUUAAGAAGACGCUUGCCAAGAUGGUUGAAUCCCAAGAUGUAAAAAUCUGACGGUUAAACCAUCGGAGGAGAAACUCUAGACUGCAAGAACUGUUUUUACCCAUGGCAUGGGUGGAAUUAGAGUGGAAUAAGGAUGUUAACGUGGUUCUCAGACUCUUUCUUCACUACGUGUUCACAGGCUGCUAAUAUUAAACCUUUCAGUACUCUUAUUAGAAUACAAGCUGGGAACUUCUAAACACUUCAUUCUUUAUAUAUGGACAGCUUUAUUUUAAAUGUGGUUUUUGAUGCCUUUUUUUAAAUGGGUUUUUAUGAACUGCAUCAAGACUUCAAUCCUGAUUAGUGUCUCCAGUCAAGCUCUGGGUACUGAAUUGCCUGUUCAUAAAAUGGUGCUUUCUGUGAAAGCCUUAAGAAGAUAAAUGAGUGUAGCAGAGAUGGAGAAAUAGACUUUGCCUUUUACCUGAGACAUUCAGUUCGUUUGUAUUCUACCUUUGUAAAACAGCCUAUAGAUGAUGAUGUGUUUGGGAUACUGCUUAGUUUAUGAUAGUUUGUCCUGCCUCCUUAGUGAUGUGUGUGUGUCUCCAUGCACAUGCACGCCAGGAUUCCUCUGCUGCCAUUUGAAUUAGAAGAAAAUAAUUUAUAUGCAUGCACAAGAAGAUAUUGGUGGCCGGUGGUUUUGUGCUUUAAAAAUGCAAUAUCUGACCAAGAUUCGCCAAUCUCAUACAAGCCAUUUACCUUGCAAGUGAGAUAGCUUCCCCACCAGCUUUAUUUUUUAACAUGAAAGCUGAUGCCAAGGCCAAAAGAAGUUUAAAGCAUCUGUAAAUUUGGAUUGUUUUCCUUCAAUCACCAUUUUUUUGUGGUUAUUAUUUUUGUCAUGGAAAGCAUCCUCUCCAAAGUUGGAGCUUCUAAUGCCAUGAACCAUGCUUACAAAGAAAGCACUUCUUAUUGAAGUGAAUUCCUGCAUUUGAUAGCAAUGUAAGUGCCUAUAACCGUGUUCUGUAUUCUUUAUUCUCAGCAACUUUUAAAAGGGAAGUUAUUUAUAUUUUGUGUAUAAUGUGCUUUAUUUGCAAAUCACCCACUCCUUUACAACCAUACUUUAUAUAUGUACAUACAUUCAUACUGUAGAAACCAGCUCAUGUGUACCUCACAUCCCAUCCUUAAGAGAAGAAAUGUUAUAAAGUAGAACUAAAUAUGAAUUUUCAGAAUUAAUGCAUUCAAAGUAAUAUAUCAAAUCCAGGACUUUGUUAACUUCAGCCAAAAACUUCAUUAGGGUAAUAUCAUCUCAAUUUUUUCAAAUGAAAGGAUUCUCUAAUUAGAAAUUUAUAUGUCAGAGCUGUUAUAAAUUUAUCAACUGUUAAAUAUGUUUUGGACAUCUAAAUCAUUUGAGAUUUUUGGUUUUUUGAUUUCUGUUCCCUAACUUGUGAAGACAAUGAAAAAUCAGGCAGAAAUAUUUAGUAUCUAGUCAGUAUCUGUAGCUACACUGUAAAACUGUUCUUCAAUAAAAUGGUUCAUAUUUUAUAGAUGCCUUGUUAUCUCAAGAAAUCUGGUUUACAUAAACUUAUACUUCUUUAAUGCCUUUUAAAUAUUAAUCUAUUCUGAGCAAACAACUCAUGAGUACAUCAAGUGAGAUAGUUUUAUUUGAUUAUAACAUAAAAUAAAUGUGAUUAUAUCACAACAUCAUCAAAAAGGUUUAAAUUAAACGGCAGGAAAUCAGCAUAUGUCUACCCAUUACCAAAAUUUGACUGUCAUUUAAGGUUAAAACUUACAAAUUUGUCUGCACAUCAAAUUUCACAAAUUUGAAACUUGCCUUAACCAUUUUGAUUAAUAAGUUUCAUCUACCAUAAUUAAAGUCUGAAGUGUUCAUCAAGAUAAGUAAAUUUGCAUAUGGAUAAUACCCAAUAACUUGCUUUUUCAGAAUUUUUCCCCGUAUGUAUACUGAGAAAUACAAAUAUUUUAAUCUGAGUUUCCGUAUGAUAUGAUUGCACUUAGAACACCCAAUUUACUUAAAUCUUGGUUUACUUUUGACUUGAUACCAUAAAUCUUUAAAGUCAUUUGUCAUCUUAAUAAAAAUAUAAAGACAGGCAAAGUUUAUUGCAAAUGUACAAAUGGUAUGUGGAAGCAAAAAAUUACAGCCAGUAUAUGAGGCCACUAUUACGGUUUUUUAAAAUUAAUUUGGUCUAGUAAAAGUGAUAUCAAGAGUUAAUCUUAGAAACUUGCUCAGUAAAAAACAUUUUCUAGUAUAACAUGUUCUUUAAAAAGCAAAUGCUGCCAUCUUUGGAAUCUUAAUCUAAAAAUGGGGCCAGGCGUGUGGAUCACAAGGUCAGGAGUUCAAGACUAGCUUGGCCAACAUGGUGAAACCCCAUCUCUACUAAAAAUAAAAAACUCAGCCAGGCAUGGUGGCGGGUGCCUGUAAUCCCAGCUACUCGGGAGGCUGAAGCAGGAGAAUCGCUUGAAACCAGAAGGUUGAAGUUGCAGUGAGCCAAGAUCGUGCCACUGCACUCCAGCCUGGGCAAAAGAGCGAAACUCCAUCUCAAACAAAUAACAAAAAACAAAAAUGUUGCAUUAAACUUAGUUUUUGUCUCUCCUUUCCACUCUUAUUCUUAAAUUUGAAGCUCGUCGAGUAAGUGAAAUAUUUGAAGAAUAUGAUAGGCCAGCAAGAAGAAGUAUUAUGUAGUACCAUAGUUAGUAAAUUUGUAAAACCUUGGAAGCCAUUAUUUGGUCCCACUUGUAAUUUAGUGUUUUUAAAGUGUGUAGCUUCAUUCAGAUAGCUCUUUAAAUAAUUAAAAUAUAAAAGCAAACAACCCAAACUACCUGACUAUAAACAGGAAAAGUUAACCCUCAAAGAGAGUUCUCCUUGUGAAUUCUCUUUAUGCUGGCAAAUAGCUGUAGGAUUAAAGGCAUAUUAGGGUUUCCUUCAGUUUGUUUAUUCUAAGCUUUUACUGUGCUUUCUUACUGAACAAGUUUCUGAUGUAUAAAACUUGCAUCCGAUUUCUUUGGAAAUAUUUUCACAAAAGUUAUUUUAAUCAGUAUUUUACAUUGCCUUUCCAGUGUCCAGAAGUGUUUCUAAACUUAGAAAGUGACCUAUAGUUUUUUAAAAUUGUUUUCCUAGGAUGUGCCAAAUUUUGAUUUACUCUAACAGUCAGUACUUUUCUUCAGAUGCUUUGUUCUGUUUAGAACAAAAAUGCACUAUAGUUUUUAAAGAAUCAUGCAUCUUUGAGUUGUCCCAGGAUCAAAUUUGAUAUUGAAUAAUUUAUUCCAGGGCAGCUUUCAUAAACAUACUUCAUAGAUGUUGUUUUGAAAUGUUUCUAAAUAUCUAAAAUCAUUUCAACAGCAGAAAUGAUUUUUAUUUUAACAGAAGAUUAUGAUAGCCCUCGUAGUGUUUAAAAGUGGUCAUAUUGAUUACUUACUUGGAGUCCGGUGUUGAAAUAGCAGUGCCACAGCUCGUCUCUUGCGUCGGUGCUGCUGUGAGAGUCACAGUGGAGACUGCAGGGAGGAGGUGUGUUCCUAAGAACCAAAAUCCAGCGCAGCAUCCUGUGAAGCCACAUGUAAUGAUGGUCCCGUAAGGAAAGUAUGUGAAUAUGGCUCUUGUAAAGGAUUAACUAUUGUAAUUUUAGCUUAUGCUCUGUAUUCUGUUUUCUGUGGAAUUAUUUAAGCCCUUUUAGUGACCUUUGUCCUGGCCCAUUUAAAAACUAAAAUGUAGUAUAUAUUGUAUAAGAUGGAAAUAUCAUUAUUGCUUCAUUAGGGAAAACUGUACAUAGGCAUUGAAAGAAGGGUAAAAGCAAGCAGUUUUAUCAGGCAAUUGUAAAACACCAAAAAUAUAGAUUCGUCUUUGACAUGUAACACACUAAAUGUAUUUUGUACAGCAUCGGGUUUAAAAGGUGCCUUACUAAGUUUACCAUUACUUGCUUUGUUCUAUAUACAGAUUAUGUCCAAUGUAUCAUUUUGAAGUAAAUAACCUUAUUUUAGUA